UACGUUAUCAACUAACAAUAAUUUGCUAUCUUUUACUAAAAAUUUCGUUAUUCCAGCACAUAUUAAUAGUGACCUCGCUCCUGCCAUGGAAGCAGUUAAACUUAUUGUUGCAUUUGUAUGCUUGACCGGUGUUUCCGCCCUUCCUUCAGCAAGGCUAGAAAAACGGGCUGCAUUAAACCGGGAUACCCGGUACGAUGUGUGGGCAAACCCUCAAAGAAUCCUUUUUCGACUGGAUACUAAUUACAAUGGAACUGAGGCGGCGGAUAUAGAUGAUGCGAUGAACCAAAUUUCUUCCGACAUGUCCUCAUGCAUACGUUUCUCUCCCUUUAACGUUGUCACAGAUUCGCGAGAGGAUCAUAUUUUCAUCAGUCCUGUCUUGAAUUCUGGGGUUUUGGCUACUUCCUGCUCGACGUUUCCGGGCAGAUUGGUCAGACAAAACGGUCAGGGCCAGAAAAUGAUUAUGACAGCAGGCCCAGGCGGUUGUAUGAGCGCGAAACGGGAUAUUAUGGCAGUUCUGGUGUCGGCACUGGGCUUGCGAAACGAACACAAGCGGCCAGACCGAGAUGAUUUCCUGCAAACUUUUCCGUCCAAUAUUCUUCCAGAUCUCCAGUCUCUAAAUUUGUUGCGCAUCUACAAUGCCAGCCAAAUUGAGUUCCGCUCAACUGCCUUUGACCUUUUAUCCAUAACCAUCCCUUCAGCAUCCCGCUUCGCCCGAGCCAACACUGUUCUGUACACUCCAAGAGAUGCCACUAGAACACUGGGCAAUCUGGCUCGUCUAAGUGUCGGAGACUGUAAUGCACUGAGGCGGAUGUACCCGACCUGCAGUUCCAUAACAUGCCGUAACCCUUACGCAAAUGCCACACUUGCUUCCGUUGCCUCGACCAGCACAAACGCUCCUGCCUCUGGAAAUGCACCCACGAGUACUUCGGCGAUCUUGGAAGCUGUGCAGUCGGCUGCGGGUGCAUCCGGUAGCGGUCUCGUGAUUGCUAACACUAAUACUGUUGGAGCUACGACGACAUCUACGUCCACAGCACGGACAACGGUAGCCGCUCGAGCAGCCACAACAACUCAGUCGGGACCGGUGGAAUCACCAUUCGACGGACUGGAAUUUGCUCUGCGCCCUCAGGCUUGAGCUACAGUUUAAUGUUAACAUGUGGGACGUUAAUUCGUUCUGUGGUAGUGGGUCAGGUAGACGUGCCAGUAAUAUACGAGUAGUACACGCGCCUAUCGCGUCUUUUUUAUUGAGUGGCUGGGUUUUGUAAGCUUGUACUCGUAUAUUGCGCUGAUGGAAAAACCGCAGAAUAUUUUUAUUUUGGGCAAUAAUCACUGAUAACAUUUUUGAAACUGAAGGUCAUGCGCUCAGAAAUAAAAAAAAUUCUUUAA